CCCGACCCCAGAGAAACCUCGAUCCCAGCCUUACAGCACUGUGGUGGGAGGAUGAGGGAAGUCUAGAGACAUGAUGGGAUCUCCUGCAUACGGAUACAGAACCUGAAACUCGGUGCUGCUGCUGUUGGACUUACUAAUGCGACGGAGAAACUUACAAACUUUGAGGUUUCAAGGAUGUUCUUCUCAGAUGGGUCUGUCUCAGCCGUCAGUUAUGUGCUCCUGCUGGGAAUAACGUGUCUGAUCGUCCUCUGCGAUCUCACCCGGGGCUCUUCAGACUUUUCAGGUUACCUUUCCAAAGUGCUACGGAACUACACAGAGCUGGCUUGUGAUGGAGACUUCCUGUCUGUUCGCUGUCCAUCCCGCACCACCAUCACCAUCCAAUCAGCUUUCUAUGGACAGACAGGCGCCUCUGACCCCCAGCAGUGCCCUCACACCUACCAGGCCGUCCUCAGUUCUUACAAAGCUCAGGAAAAUGGCCAAUCUUGUUCUGUGUCCACAGCAUUACAGAAAAUGCUGGACGAGUGCCAAGACAGAAGGAGCUGUCAGGUCCUUGUCAACAGCCGCGUGUUUGGGACAGACCUGUGUCCUGGCAGCAGUAAAUAUCUCAUUGUCUGGUACAAAUGCAGACCUAGAAGAUAAGAGUAUCAUUCCAGAGGGGGUCCACAACAGUUCAUUAAUCCCACCCAGAUUCUAGUCUCCAUUCAUGGCC